GUUAUAUAAGCCUCCUCUCUCUCUCUCUCCCUCUCUCCUUCCACCUCACUCUGCUGCACUCUCUGCCAGAGAAGCAAAAGGCGAGGCGACAAAGAACGGUCACGCUACUUUCCCCUCCUCCAGUCCUCCUUGUCCUCUCCGUCUCCCAUGGCUUCCCUCCUCGAAUCCGGCUGGCAGUAUUUGAUCACACAUUUCAGCGAGUUUCAGUUGGCUUGUCUAGGGAGUUUCUUCAUCCAUGAAGGCGUCUUCUUUUUAUCUGGACUUCCUUACAUAUUCCUUGAAAGGGCAGGAUGGCUGAGCAAGCACAAGAUUCAGCCUAAAAACAACAGUCCUGCAGCUCAGGAGAAAUGUAUUACUCGUCUCCUUUUGUAUCACUUUGGUGUCAAUCUACCAGUUAUGCUUGUGUCCUAUCCCGUCUUCAAGCAUAUGGGCAUGAAAAUCAGCCUUCCAUUGCCUCCAUGGAGAGUUGUUCUAGCUCAGAUAAGUUUCUACUUCAUCUUGGAAGACUUCGUAUUUUACUGGGGACAUCGAAUUUUACAUACAAAAUGGCUGUACAAGCAUGUGCACAGUGUUCAUCACGAGUAUGCUACACCAUUUGGUCUGACGUCUGAAUAUGCUCACCCUGCUGAGAUAUUGUUCCUUGGAUUUGCAACUAUUAUUGGUCCCGCACUUACUGGGCCGCAUCUAUCUACAUUGUGGUUAUGGAUGGUGCUUCGGGUUCUGGAAACAGUUGAAGCGCAUUCAGGUUACCAUUUUCCAUGGAGCCCGUCCAAUUUUCUUCCUUUAUAUGGAGGUGCUGAUUUUCAUGAUUAUCACCAUCGCUUGCUUUACACUAAAUCUGGAAACUACUCAUCGACUUUCACAUACAUGGACUGGAUAUUUGGCACUGACAAAGGUUACAGAAAGUUGAAGGCGCUUCAGAGUGAUGAAGAUGAGCGCAUUAGCAAGAAGAUGUGACCUUGGUGAUGCGAAACAAGAUUCUUUAAGCCGACGUCGGCAUUUAGAAGGUUGAAUGUGGAUGGUAAACCCCUAAAAACCAGGAAGGAAGGAAGGAAGGAAGAAAAUAACGGAAGUGUGGUCUCCCCCUGUACUUUGCAGUCGUCAUGUGUGCGUGGCAGUCCGACCAUUUUGCAUUUAGUAGGGUGUCAAUGUCAUCGAGGUUGCUAUGGUGUUUAAAUAGGUAGAAAAGCUUGGUCAGUGUUGUCCCUGCAAGCUCCUCUUGUUGCUGCACGUUGUCCUUUUUCCUGUAUCUAAAGGUUUUCAUCAAUGGCGGGGUAGAAGGGAAAGUUGCAUCCUCCCCUAAUCGUUUUCUUCUUGUAGUGGUAUCUGCUCAUCAUUAUGGACUGCAGAUGCCUGUUCUCAGCGAAACUAAUGUCACCUUUUAAUUUAGAAUGCAGAUGCCUGUUUCUUUUGUGCCUUAUUUUUCAGGGAGUGCAAAUUCUGUUGACGG